GGCGAGAACGUUGAUGAGCUGGACCAACUUUUCGAGGAGGUCGAUGAACGCUGGAGGUAUUUGGAUCGCCUUUUGGAUACAGCGGAGCGUCGUAUUCGUGUUGCCAACAACAGUGUGGAAUUUCUGAAGGAGGCGGAGCAUGUCCAACGGAUACUGAAAAUGGAGAAGUCUGCAGCUGCUCUUACAACCAGCUCCCUCCCGAUUGAUGUAGACUCACAGGGUAAAUAUAAUGUUUGCAGAUAUGGUUUUAUUCCUAUUUAUUCCAAAUCUGAGGAAGAAUAUCACCCUUUUAGGCCGAAAAUGGAACAAGGGAAUCUCUAUUUAAUACACCACGUGCUUCCUCACGUCACCGAUCGCGCUGGAGCCAAGCAACAGCUCAAAAACCUCAUCCUGGCUGCCGAGGCUCAUCUUAAAAGGCCGGUUACCAUAGAAGGAACAGAAAAUUUGGACGACAUGCUAGUCAAACAUUCGGUAGGUCACAAUUAUCUCGACAGCACUUGUUGCUUUUACACGGCCAGUCUAGGAUGGACAAUUGGAUUUCUCUAG